AUGAAAGAGAUGAAUAACAAUGUAAAAAAGCAUCCAAGAAAUGAUUUAUUAUGGGAAACUAUCAGAACCUCUUCAAAGACGAUUUCUGACAUGGACUUCAGGCUACUUUUAAUAUCAUCUUAUAUUGAAGAUCUAGAAACUAUUGAUGAACGAAUAGAAGGUCUAGUCUCUUUAACGAACGUAUUCACGGCUUCCUGCUUUGACUAUCUUGCUGAAAUUUAUCCUGACAAAUGCAGAAUCUUGAUCAGAGAAGACACUAUCGAACUUUUGAUUUUCCCUUCACUGAAUUUGUUUGUAUAUUUGAUUCUUGAUAGAUUAACCCUUCAGCUUACAAUAAAAUGAGUCAAAAAGACAAAUGAGCCAAAUAACGACGAGUCUAAAUUUAUCACGGAUCUAGUAAACAGAAUUCUACACUGGCUUUGGAUACACAUGACAAGAAAUAAUUAA